AUGCAGUUUCUCACCACAUUCCUUUUGCUGUGCAGCACUCCCAUUGUACUUGCACAGCAGUAUGCCGGAGACGUUAUCAGUGCCAACCUUCCGACCACAGCAAAUGCAGAGGUUGCUUUCUUCAAGAUUGACGACCCUAGUGGCAAGAACAACAAUCUUACUUUGAUCAACUACUACUCUCACGGUACCGAUGGAAAUCGUAUCGUCGAAAGUAAGAUCCAGAGAGCUGUCAUUGUUCUUCAUGGUCUUUUGAGAGAUCCUUGGAACUAUGAGAACGACAUGCUCAAUGCUCUUGCAAUGGUCCAGGACACCAACGUCAACCGCGACAGUGUUGCUGUGAUGGCCCCAUACUUCCCCAAUGGCAAUGACAAGAACCUCGGAUACCCUUGGACUGAUGGUCUCAAGGCUGGUCAAGGAUCUACAUCAAACGCAAUGGUCUGGUCUGGCUCAAAAUGGUCUGCUGGUGCAAACAACCAAUACCCUCACAACAGCCGUAACACUUCUAGUUACUACAUUCUUGAUGAACUGGUUCGCUACUUUGACGACAAGACCCUCUUCCCCAACAUGAAGCAAAUCGUCCUUGCUGGACACUCUUUGGGCGGACAAAUGCUACAGCGCUAUGCCGCAGUCGGUGAUAAGCUUGAUACAGAAUCUCCUGUUGUUUUGUGGAUCGCCAACGGAGACUCUUGGGCAUGGCUCAGCGAUUACCGCCCUCUGAACAUUCCGGAUUGCCCUACCUAUAACGACUAUCGCGAAGGCUUCGCUCAAUUUGUUGAGUACGGAAUGACCUACGGUGCCAACUUGGUCGCACAGGGUCUUGACGCCAUCAAGGCAAACUUCGACAGCAAGCAGAUUGCCUGGGCUCGUGCUCUUCAAGACUUUGGAGACCACGCUUCCAGCUGUGCUCCUCAAACCACCGGCCAAGACCGUAAUGAGCGUUUCUUCUUCUUCAUGAAGUGGUUCCAGCCUAGCUGCCCUGACCCUUCGGGUACCAACUGCGACACUGUUGACCUGGUCGAUGCUCCUCACGAUAAUGGUCAGAUGUUCCACUCCGCUGCAGGACUUGCUCGUCUGUUCACCGACAACUUCUACGGUGACAACAGCCGUGCCUACGACUUUGGAUACCCUCGCAAGCAACAGGGUGAUGACCCUUUCCCAGACCCCAGCCUCGUCAACACUCCUGGCACAAGCAACUACAACACGUAUGCUGGAGGCUUGACCUAUCAAGGCUGCUGGACCGAUCAAGCUCCAACGACUGCACAAGCGCUCUCCACUCUCCUUUACGACAACUCAAACAACACCAUUGAGGCUUGCACAUCAGGAUGCGCCGACUCUGGCUACAAGGUUGCUGGUAUGUCAGACGCAACCAAGUGCUGGUGCGGUAACGAGGUCAGCUCUGCAUCUGCCAUUCUCACAGUCGACAUGCAAUGCAAGUCGCCUUGCCCUGGAAACACUGCACAGAUUUGUGGCGGAAUCCAGCGUCUGUCUCUCUUCUCUUCUGGUUAUCCCACUUUCGUUUAA